GCGUGUAAAACGCACUCUCAGAAACUGUCAUAAAAUAAAAAGACGUUUCAUGUAAACGUUAUUCAAGCGAUUAAUUGAACGCUUAAAAAUAUAUUCGACGAUUUUUCAAUGAUUUUUUUUGCUGCAUAAUUUCGAAUUAUUUUGUGUCAUUAUGUUUGCUUAUGAAACAUCCCUUGAAAAUUUCAACAGAGGUCGCCUGAAACCCAGUCGGGUCAAAGUAUUCCAGACAAAGCCUCCAAACAGCCAAACAAAACGGCCAUUCUCGGUCGAUCUCAGGCGUCCAAAAACAACACAACAAAGAAUUUCUUCGGCUAAUAAGCCACAUUCAGCUAAACUAGCGAACACUUUGAGAAAAUCGGCUACAUCGGUGAGGUUUGAAGAUACUAGGUCUAACUUUGGGACUGCUAGCCGCCCGGACACAAUCGUCGGAAAUUACCGAGAUGACGAAACGACGACAGGUUACGAAUCAGAUUCAGAAAACGACGAACUCCAUUUUGGUGAUAUGUUUGAGUCUAUUGAUUUUGAAUUGGAACAUUCUAGAACAAAAAGUCGAUUCGAGUUGAUCGACAGUAUGUCAAAAAGCUGUUUAGCAAGUUUGACAACUUUAGCUUUGGAAAACCAAAACAUGAAUAAAACAUUUAACAGGCGACAGAGUGCAACAAUUCGAGAUAGCAGUCGACGAUCAUCCUCGCCAACCAAUCAGGGACGACCAAACUCGGCAAUGCAAGUCGUGCGCAACCGAGUGAUGACGGGAAGCUACACGAAUCAAAACGGUUCGACAACACCCGGAGCUCGGCCUUCGUCUGUCGCGUCUAUUUUUAGUAAUGUCGAGGACAACUCGGAAAUUGAUCCCACUGCCACAAAUAGAUCGGAGCGAACGGCGCAUUCGUAUAAAACGAGUACUACCGGUAUGUAUCAUCACGCACUAACAUCCGGUGGAGGGCGACGAGGUAAAGGUGCUUUUGAAAGUGUGAAACCAUGCAAAAGAAUGGAAAGUAUUCUGAACGAGGACUUGGCAGCUGUUGUGAACGACUUAUCACGCCAAUGUUGCGACGUCUUAGGCCCCAACUUAUGCGGGGAGUGCAUUAAAAACGUAAAACAGUUCAAUAACUUCAUAGCGUACCAUAACAAACAUCCUGAUAUCGACGAAACGGCGAUGACCUUGUACGCUAUUCCGCUAGUCCAAAGGAUGUUUCCACAGUUCCGUCGCUCUGAGAUCAAAGAAAAACUAGCUUCAGGCGAGAUAAGUCAACAGUUGAAACUGAAGGUGAACAGGUCAAAAGAUAUCGAGUGUUUCGAUCAGAAGGUGACAAAUUACCUACCUGAAAAGUACAGGAGAAAGAGGAUGAGAAAACAGAGGAUCGAUGCUGGAAAAGGCGUGACCAAAUUGGACGAUCAGGGCAUCUAUUACGUGGAACCAUUCAACCCACUGGACUACACAGACACUAGAGGCGUGUCCCGCAAACUGGAGAGGAGGAAUGCCCUAUUCUCCACUGACUUCAUGGCAUCAGGCCAGUCCACCCCUUCCUCCACGCACACCCUCUCCAGAGUCCCCACCCCAGAACCUCUCCCUCCCAGCCCAGUGUCCGAGCCAGAGGAGGUGGAACAGGUGGACUUCGGACCCUGCCAGCCGACUGUGAUGGAUCUCACCUGGGCCAGGGACUUCCCAAGAUUCCCCGCUGGUUACUCGGUGGAAUAUCUUCUACCAGUCUGGAAGAGAUCAAGUUUGCCACCUGAACCUUGAACAAUACAACUGGAAACUUGCCGAACAUCCAGUGUUUGCUCGUUAUGUUUUUGAUAAUGAUAUUCAACUAAAUUUCAAAUUGAUGUUUCAUGCGGAAGCUUUCCCAAUCUUGAAAAAAAAUCAAAUACAAUGAACUUUUGUGGUAUAAAAUGUUGUCAAAAUAACCAAUUAAAAUGUCGCCCACAGACAACGAAGUGAUGUACCAAUUCGAUUAAAAUCCAUUGUUUUAUGAAAUU